AUGGGGAAAGAAAAUGGCGCGCCGCCCGCGUCCAAAGACCAGGACACAGCCGCUCAGCGCCUGAAUCAAGUCUCCUCGCACAUCUCCACACAGCCACCAGCAGACACGCCCGCAACAAGCAAAGCCAAGUCCAACAAUGCAACCUCUCGUCUGCCAGCCGACCACUCCGACGUCCUCUCCCAAAUCGCCACCCUUCGCAAAAUCGCAGCAACCCCCGACCCAAGCCAACGCGGCUACGUACGCCAAAAGCAAGCCGGCAAGCUCUGGGUACGCGAGCGCAUCGAUGCCCUCCUCGACCCGGGGACCUUUGCCGAGAUCGGUUCCAUUUCUGGCACGGUGACAUGGAAAAAGACAGCACCCAUGCGCGAGACACCUAUCUCCUUCGUUCCGAGCAAUAACGUCCAGGGCGCGGGCUUACUGCGUGGUCGGAAGGUCCUGCUUACGGCGGAUGACUUUAGUAUUCGAUCGGGUCAUGCAGACGGUGCGAGCUCGGAGAAGACUGUUUAUGUGGAGAAGUUGGCGGUUGCGUUGCGGGUGCCUGUUAUUAAGCUUGUGGAUGGGAGUUCGGGGGGUGGAAGUGUGACGACGAUUAAGAAGGAGGGGUGGAGUUAUUUACCACAUGUGAGGCCUUUCAACCCGACAAUUCAGCAGUUGAAUAUGGGUAUUCCGAAUUUGGGGGCUGUGGUUGGACCUGCGAUUGGACUGGGCGCUGCGAGAGUCGUAUCCUGUCAUUUCUCAGUCAUGGCAGCUGAUAUUGGCUCCCUAUUCAAUGCGGGUCCGAAAGUCGUGGAGGGUGCAACCUUUGAAGAAGGGUUGGACUUCCAAGACUUGGGCGGCCCCAUGGUUCACUGCACGAAUGGUACGAUCGACAACUUGGCUGCCAAUGAAGCAGAGUGCUUUGAGCAACUUCGUACGGUGCUGAGCUAUCUGCCAAAUUCCGGUAGUGAAGCUCCACCAGUGAUUCCCUGCGAUGAUCCAGAGAAUCGGGAAGAUCUGGCUUUGCGGAGUAUCAUCCCUCGCCGACAGGCGCGCAUGUACAAUGCUCGGACUAUCAUUACCUCGGUUGUGGACCAAGGCUCAUGGUUCGAGAUUGGUGCUCUCUGGGGUCGAACUGCUAUCGGUGGUCUUGCUCGCCUGGGGGUCAUCCUUCAGAAGCUCACUCGUUUGUUGAAAAUGUGCGAUGUGAUGAACCUGCCCAUCCUGCAAUUCCUUGACGUUCCUGGCUACGCCAUUGGCACAGUUGCCGAGCGCACCGCAACAAUGCGCUGGGGCGUUGAGCUUGCCAAGACAUACUACACAACCACCAUCCCAAUCUUCAACGUCGUGACUCGCCGUGUCUUUGGUGUGGCAGGUGGCAUUAUGCUCGGCAGUCGUGAUCCCGUCAUGCAAGUGGCAUGGCCAUCCGGACAAUGGGGUUCUCUACCUCUCGAUGGUGGAAUUGAAGUCGGACAUCGACAUGAGCUGCAUGAGGCAGAGAAGGCUGGUAAGAAAGAGGAGCGUUAUAAGGAGCUGGAGGAGGAGUAUCUGCGGCUGAUGAAUCCUGUGCGAACGGCGAAUGCUUUCGGCGUUGAGGAGAUUAUUGAUCCCAAGGAUACUAGACAGGUUUGUUGUUCGUGGGCGUCGCAUGUGUAUGAUGUGCUUAUGAGGGAGAGGUUGAGCGAGAGAGCUUGUGGGAAGAUCCAUCCUUCUUUCGCUUGA